GAAUAUUUAAAUAAUACCGCAUAUUUCUGUAUGAUAUGUAACUGUUAUCAUUUGUAUUUUGUGACGAUCAUUUAUAAGCAAAAUUCACAGCGGCAUAAUUUAAAAAGAGCAGGAAAAACGUACGUUGCAUGUUUUCCGGUGCUGUAAAAAAUGUACUUUGAGAAGUAAAGCAGUUUGAUGAUUGCCUCUUUGCAGGGAGACUCCGCAAUGGCAGCACCAAACCCUGAAGGCUGGCCCCAGAGAGUAGCGGCGUUCUCCUGCAGCCCCAGCCAUUUCCUCUCCAGCACCACUCCGGAGGACUUCCUGUCUGACCUGCUGCAGGACCUCAAGGAUGACAAGGUCAGCGAGAGCACAAAGGUAUUAAUGCUAGGCCCCCUGCAGGAGCAUCCAACUAUCCUGUGCCCGUCCCCGCAAGUGGGAGAGCAGACAGCAGUCGCUUUACUGGGCAUCUUCUCUCGAACGGCUCACACGCCCAAAUCUGUGAAUCUCAAGUGCCACCUGAUGCUAUCCAUCACCACCGUAUUAAUAUCCACCUCCUUUGUGAAGCAGGGGGUUAAAGUGGCUGAGGGCUUUCUAGAUCUCUUGUUUCAGACAGCACAGGAUACAAAUGAUCAAAAGCAUGGUGGGAUGUUUAGACCCUUGAGAGCCAUAGCGUGUGAUUGCCUUAGAGAAAUGGAAACCUGCUGCCCAGGGCUGCUUUCCCAUAAGCUGGAGGCUCUUUAUUCCCUGAAGCAGCAGGAGAUGACACCUUUGCACCAAGCAUACACUCUCCUGUAUGGAGUGGCCCUAAGGAACGCGGUGCAUUGCCUGACUUUGCAGAAAGAGGUGAUGGAUGGAGAUCUAAAGAAGCUUUUAGCAAGCAAUGAAGGGUUUGCCUGGAAGGCAACAGAAAAACCACUGGAACUGGUUCAAUUGACAACAAUGAGUCAGAUCCCUGUUCUUCCAUCCAACGUGGAAACCAAAGAGUUGAAAUCAGUUGUUUCCUUGCUUUUAGAGGAGUGCUAUCUGCUCACCCCAGUGACGCAGGCCGCUUUGCUUCGUGAGCUGACUCAGGUGGUCUCCAUGGUCCAGUCCUUGUCUCCGGCCAUCUUCAAGUCUCAGCUUCUUCGUCUCUUUGGGACUGUGGAGAUCUCCCUUCUGCACUCCACGCUGCAAAUGAAAGGGACCUUCACAGACAGCCUCUUCACAGCUGAGGAUGAGAACUUUCUUCUGAAGCGGCUGGUGGGCAUGGCCCAGCACCCACUGCUGUCCACCCCACAGAAGCUAUUUUAUAUUGAAUGUAUCCUCCACUUCCCAGAGAACCGUCCUAUCUCCUCCAACGGGGAGGAGAGCUUGCCUGUGUUGGUGACCCCUCGAAUGGCCGCCUCCCUUUUCCCCACCGUCUUUAAUGACAGCAGCACCAUGCUGUCCCGCUUAAACAUCCUGAGUCUGGCCUACCUAGAAGCUGAUGAAGAGGAAGGAAUCGGCUACAUCUUUGACCACCUGAUGGCUCUCCAUAAAAUUGUUGACCACCAUGGCACCAGAGAAAUGACCACCACCUUUUUCAGAGCAGUCUACAUCUUUAUGCAGAAUUUCUACCUCAAUGAAAAGUACACAAGAGACUUGAUAGAAAGUCUUUCUGAGCUCUACCGGAGCCACUACACCUUGGCCCCUAACUUGAUCAACCUGGUGGACUCCACCCAGAAGCUUUUGGAGGACUCCAGCUGGCCCACUGACUUGCUGAAGGCCCUACAGAUGUUGAUUGUUGAGCUCCCUCUACAGCAGUUGGUCCACCAAAGCCUGCAAUGGCACCUGAAGGUCUUAGGCAGGGUGGCCAAAGAGGAACAGGCUUCACAGAGGAGCACAGUGCGCUUCCUGCUCAAUCUCCUCAUUAACUCCAGCCUUUGUGGACUGGGAGACUGGCGGAUUGGCAACGCUGUUCUCUCAGUUUGCCGAAACUUGCUUCAGCACCCUAACCUGGAUCAGGUCUUCAUCGAGUUGGCCGACCUUCUUCAAUUCAUGAUGCACAGCUUCGAGGACGUAGACAUCCAAGAUCAUGCUCGCUUCUAUUACACCCUGCUGACUAACCUUUCCAAGGAGAAGCUCUCAGGGGUCCUGAAUAUGGGAACAGGUGAGAGUCAAGCAAAAAUCAGGUCCUUGUCAUCUAUCAUGGCUGAAAGCGAAGAACUGUCCAGCAGUUUAACUGUCCAUAGAACCAGGCAGCCAGUGCUGAAGCUUGUCAAACUUUCUGAAGAUGGUAUUAGUAAACCUGAUCAUUCGAGCAGUGGACCAGAGGACAGUACUCCUGAUGUAGACCUGUUAAAGGUUUAUCAAAACCAGUUCUUGAACCCUGAAUUUGCCUCUGUGGUAAUUUUGAAAUAUCAUCUAACCUUUGCAGGCGAAGUUGAUGCACUAUACCAUAAACUGUUUUGUAUAUGUUUGCAUUUUGAGCAGACGGACUCUAAUUACGAGCGAGUUAGCGAUGUCAGUGUGCCGUGCCUCAUCUACGACAGGAAGCCUUGUGUGGUUUCCUUGACUCUCAAGCCUUGGAGGCCCUAUCCCACGGUUCUUCACGCCAGUGCAAUAUUUACCACAGAGGAUGGGCUUUCUUGGCACACCCAGCUGGAUCCGAUUCCUAUAGGCUUCCCAGACUUGUUCCUGCCCCUCCCUGUGCCUGUCCACUGGUCUCAGGGUUCCAGAGAGCAGCUCUUUCACCAACUCUGGAAGUCCCUGUGUCCAGAAGAGUCCAGCCAGUCUGCCACAAGCUUAUUCUGCUUUGAAGUAGGUGAGAGGUCUCUGAGGGAGGUGAUCGAGUCCAGCUUUCAUAAAUACCUGGUUUCUAAGCAAUUGAAUCCUGAAUCUUACAAGGUUCUGCUAUUCCUACCCCCUCAGUUUUAUGUUUUGCUGAAGAUCAAAAAUUCAGAGGAUGCAGCCAUUGUCAGUAUCAUAACUGACAACUGGAAGCUUUUGCCUUUUAUAAACUCCUACAUUAAGUGCAUCACAGAUUAUAGUGCUGAUCGUACACAGUAAUUAGACGUGUAACAAUACACUGAUGUCACAUUAUGUAUCACGAUAUACUGUUUGCAAUAUGAUAUGUACCACGAUAUAUGUGAUGGUCCUGAUGGGCUACUUGUACGAUGCUUAAUAAGAUUAAAUGAGCAUUUAAUGAUG